UGCUUGUUUGUCUGUUUGACCCUCAAGGCUUUCUUUCUUGUAAUCCCCCAAAACUACGUUCGGGUAGUUGAGUCAGGUUGAGUAGUCGACUGCUUUAAAGUUGACAUUCACAAGUGAUAGCGUAGAUAGAAUAAUGAGCACGGUUGUACUAUACUCAUAUUUUCGAAGUUCGUGUUCAUGGAGAGUGCGUAUAGCUCUAGAAUUUAAAGAAAUUGAAUAUGAAUACAAAGCUGUUCAUUUAGUGAAGGGAGGUGGUCAGCAGAAUGCUGAUGACUAUAAAAUCAUAAACCCCAUGGCUCAAGUUCCAUCACUAACAAUUGGGGACAAAGUUUUCACUCAGUCGGUAGCUAUUUUGGAAUAUUUAGAAGAAUCUUAUCCUUUAAAACCCUUAUUGCCAAAAGAUGGUGUGAUUAGAUUCAAAGUGAGAGAAAUAUGUGAAAUUAUUGGUUCUGGGAUUCAACCCUUACAGAAUUUGGCUGUACUCAAACAAUUUGAAGAAUCUAAACAGAAAGAUUGGGCUGCUAAGUGGAUUUUCAAAGGACUCACUGCAUUAGAAAAAAUAUUAGAAACUUCCAGUGGAAAUUAUUGUGUUGGAGAUGAUGUUACAAUGGCUGAUUGUUGCCUUAUCCCACAACUAUACAAUGCAAGGAGGUUUGAUGUGGACGUGGCACAGUUUCCUAAUAUUGCUCGUGUGGAAAAGAAUCUCGAAGUUCUUGAGCCUUUCGUAAAGGCUCACCCGAGCCGACAACCGGAUUGCCCGCCUGAACUUUCAGCAUGAAAAUAAAACAAAAAAUUUGAUGUGAAAUAGUCGGACUUCAGUCCAUAGAAUAACGAUAUAAAACGAUGAUUAUAAUUUGGUCGAUGGGUUACGAAUACGGGAGAAUGAAUUGCAAUGGAACUUGUUAUGCUGUACUGAAAAAUAAACAAAAUUUGUCAUUAUCACUUA